AUGUCCGACGUCGACUACGUAAAACUCGCCGCAGAGCAGCGAGCCCAAAUCGCCGCCAAAGAGGAGUACCUUGAGAACCUCAAGAAGAUGGCAGAGGUUGAUAGGAAAAUCUCCCAAUAUCUUAACCGGGCGCCACCCCCCCCAAGUCAAGACGCCGGCGAUCUUUUUUUCGCCAGGGAGACCAGCAUCCGCCCCCAUCAGGUCGUUGCCGAGGGGACCGUCAAGCGCAACAGCUUCCCGAAGGUCUCUGCGUCAAUGAGACCUCUUCCGGUCAGAUCAGAUCCUCCCUUGGUCACCUUGCCUAGGUCGUCGUCCGCGGGCACGGCCUCUACCACCAAGCUGGUCUCGGGGGCAAGGAAGGCCCCCAAGGCGCCCACCGAAGGUGCGCGUAUGGUGCCGGGGAAGAAUGCGGUCCGCAGACUCUAUAUAAUCCCCACCACGUUCUUCAACCGGAACAGAACCUCAAGCUCAAGCUCGAGCCAGCGCUUCUCCUUCCGCCACCACCCCCAGUUGUACGCUGCGGUCUUGGAGGCCGCCAAGCAAUGGUCCUUGUCGAUCCCCAGGGGCCAAUUGCCCUACAAAAGGCAGAGCGUGGAAGACAUCAAGUCGGCUCUCCUGGGAAUGGUUUAUGAGGCCAUCCAGGGACAGGGCAUAGAGCACGAUCUGGCCUACGACGUCCUUACUGGGGGGACUAUGAUGUUUGCUGGCAAAAGCCGCCACAUGGUUGACAUAGACUUGUUCCCACCGACCACUCGCCUCGUCAAUGGUGACGAUCUCGGUGACCACUUCUGUGCCUACCAACAGUCUUUUGCCGUUGUAGACACGGCGCCAGAGGUGGAGCGAGCCUUCUUGAUGACGGUGGGGGAGAAGUGGGACGAGUUGCAAGGAGGGAAAGACGUUGUUGGUGCCGAGAAGAUCGGCGAUGUAUUUGCGGAGUACGAGCCGGAGGCGGAUGCUCAAGGCUCUGGAGAUGAGGACGAUGACAUCGAGUUCAUCGAAAAAAAGAAGGAGAACAAGGGGAAGAAGGCUGAGAACGUCGACAAGGCUGAGGAGAAGCAGAGAGAGAGAGGAGCUGGGAAGGGCAAGAAGGUCGUGGCGUUCUGGCGUGAUUUUCGAGGAAGGAGAUGA